AUGGUAGAGAAGAUGCAAAGGAAACUUUGUGCAAGAAAUAGGGAUGGUGUACCAGACGACGUGAAAGAAGGUCACUUUGCGGUUAUAGCAUUGGAUAAAUAUGAAGAAAGAAGGUUUGUUGUGCCGGUGCCGUAUCUUAGGCAUGCCUCGUUUGUUAGACUAUUGGAAAGAUCAGCCGAAGAAUAUGAAUUUGACUACAGCGGUGCAGUAGUCAUACCAUGCAAGCCCAGUAGGCUUGAAAGAGUAUUGACUGAGCUAGAUGCAAAACAGAGACGAUCAUUAUCAAUAUUUAUUUAA